GAGCGUCAGCGGCGGCGGCGGCGGGGGCGAUGGCGGAGAGGCCCUCGCAUCACAAUGAAGCACAGACAAAUUAGCCAGUUGUCCAAGGAGUCCAGCCAAAAUUCCGGACCUUUGGACAGGCGGUCCGGUCCCUGUGUCUGCAUACUUGGCGGUAGUUCUGAAGACAGGCCUAGCCUCCCAACCAGCUCCCAAGGCUCCCAAGGCGACUCCCUGUUUCAGCGAUUACUGUGGCACUUAAGAGAGAAGUGGAAACUACUCGGCCUUUUUGAGAUUAACUCUGAACAUGAACAUUAUGAGCUGUUGUGCAUGAUUAAGGCAGGGCUUCGAGAUGCCAUCCAGGUCUCUGUUGACCACCUUUCCAGGCAACCCCUAAAGGAGGAAGAUUAUGCAUCUGUAAUGACCCAGCCCCACGAGGGCUUUGAAUUGACCACCAUGGCAGGCCCUGUCUUUGCCCACUUUCGCCGCUUCCUGGGCCUGGAAGAAAAGGAUUACCAGAACUCCCUGUCUUCCAGUCACUGCUUCCUACAAUUCAUCAGUAACUCUAAGAGCAAAGCAAACUUCUUCUUGACAAAUGACAAGCGCUUCUUCCUGAAGACCCAAGAGAAGUGGGAGAUCCAGUUCCUGCUCUCCAAACUGGCCCUCUACAUUCAUCACCUCCACGAAUACCCCCAUUCCCUGCUUGUCAAGUUUCUGGGUAUCCACAGCAUCAAGGUGGCCCGGGAGAAGAAGAAAUACUUCAUCAUCAUGCAGAGCAUCUUCUACCCUGACAAUCGAAUUACUGAAAGGUAUGACAUUAAAGGGUGCCGAGUGAGCCGCUGGACAGAACCUUUGCCUGAGGACAGCCACAUUAUCACGGUGCUAAAGGAUCUCAACUUUGAGGGACACACCAUCUCCCUGGGGUCCCAGAGGAACUGGUUUAUCAAGCAGAUGGAGCUGGAUACCACCUUCCUGCGUAACCUCAACGUCCUGGACUACAGCCUACUGGUGGCCUUUCAGAAGCUCCACUUGGACGAGAAGCAACCAAACAAGAAUAUCAUGAGUCGUAUAGCUAAGUCUGUGCAUGGGGCAUGGGGCGAGGCUUCAUCAGUGCCUUCAGACAGGCUAUCCAGGUAUGUGAAGAAAUCCACCAUCUCUUCCCUGCGCAGGAGCAAAGCUUACAACCUAGCUGCCCACAACUGCCGGCUCCUGCCCGACGUCCUUAACGCCUUACACACCCUGGAUGGCCCAGAGCAUCGCUACUUUAUAGGGAUCAUAGACUUCUUCACUGUUUACAAUCUCCGCAAACGGAUAGAGUUCCUGUGGAAAUCCCUUCUUCACCCUGGCGGUUCCUUCUCCACCGUCAACCCUACCCGCUAUGCCAGCCGCCUCUGCCAGUGGGUGGAGACUCACACGGUGUGACAGGGUGUCCGCGGAAAAUUCCUACCCUGGGUUGCGCCCUUCCACCACCAGGGGGCAGCCUUGGCUCAAAAAAAAUCAGAUUCCUUCAUGGUAGGCUGUGCACUUGGAAUGAUGUUUUGACUACAUUCCGACUCCUAUUUCAUUCUUCCCCAACAUCCCAGGAUGCUGGGGAGAUAAAGUUGGGGUCAAGAAACAAUCUGAUGUAACAGGAAGAGCACUGGACUGAAAAUUAGGAUACCAGCAAUUCUAGUCGCAUCUCUGCCUGUAAUUUACUAUGCUUCCUUCAUCUGGGCCUUGGUUUCCUUCUCUGCAAAAUGAGGGUGUUGGAUUUAAUAGACUCAGAGGUCAUUCCAGCUCUAUGAUUUUGUGGUCUGGUUAGGAUAAAAUUCAGGGGCUUAAUAUAUAUACCUCCUUCUUCUCUAUCCAUGGUCUAAAUGAUGGGUCUGAGCCAUCUCUGAUAAGAGAAUGACUUCUGGAAAACCCCUCUGUCUCUUAUCUAACCACCAACAUGGCAAGUGACCCUUGGGAGAGGGCAUCACCCUCCCGAUCCAUCUUCUGCUUCCCAGAGCCCAUCACCUGGGCAGUAGAAGAGGAAUAAAUAAUAGAGUACUUCCUCAAGUGCAGGGAACAGGGUUCUUGUUGGGGGUGGUUAUGAAAAUGAUUCCUUUAUGAAGUAGAUAGAGCCAAGGCAGCAGAAGUGGGGUGGUGAUUCAUAUUAAGGUAUCUGCACCCUGUCUUGUGUAACCCUGAGCAAGUUGUUCAACUUUUGAUGCCUCAAUUUCCCCUUCUGUAAAGUGGGGAAAAUAAUAAUUGCUCUCUCCAUCUCUUGGAAGAUAAAUGUACAUUGAGAUAAUUGGAGGGUAGAUGUUACAGCAAUAUAUCAAAUAUUUUGCCACAUCAGGGAUCUGUCAUUUCUUUGGGACGAGUGCUUCCUUCACUGCUAUAGUUUAGCAACCUUUCUUUGAGAGUUGUUAUGUCCAAAAAACCACAUCAUUCUAUGGUUAGUUGACCAAUAAACAAGCAUUUAUUAAGCA